AUGGCGUUUAUUCGGCCGUAUAAGCCCUCUGACUUUGAGGGCAUGUCUCACAUUUGCCGUGAAACCCUCAAUCCCGCCCUUUUACCGUCCAUACCCGGCCGCCGCCUGGCCCCGUACGUCUGGACUCACCAAUACACGCACCUCUCUCCUGCGACGUGCUUCGUGGUCGACGACGGCUCCGGCCGGCCUGUGGGCUACUGCAUCGGAUGUCCCGACAUCGCCGCAUUUGUGGCCGCGUACGACUCUUACACCACGCAGGUACUCGAUCCCUCGCCCGAGGUGACGCGCCCAGACGACUUGGAGCUGAAGGAGCCGCUGUUUCUGCCGGACGGGAGCGUCAACGCGGUGGUUUUGUCGCGGCUGGCGUAUAAUCCGCAUCUGUUGCUGGUGGAUGGCAAUGCUGAUCUGUUGGCGGAGUACAAGGCGACGAUGCACAUCGAUCUGCUGGAUGAGUAUCAGGGCCAGGGAUGGGGCAAGCAGCUCAUCUCUCGGUUCGUGGAGAGUAUCAGGGACGUUCCGCAGCGGGAUGGCGGCGUGAGUAAGGGCAUCUGGAUCGGCGUGGCGGGGGAUAAUGGCAAGGUGGUGCCGUUUUAUGAGAAGCAGGGCUUUAAGAUUAAGCAGAGGCCUGUGGAGAGUAAGACGUAUUUUAUGGUGAGGGAGUUUUGA